UGUUUAUUUCCGGAAGUAAGUUAUCAGUGUCACACUUUCCAUCAGGACUAUCAAACAUCUCCAACGACGCAACAACAGGAUGGCACAUUGGUUUCACAGGAACCCACUGAAGGCAACAGCGCCUGUGUCCUUUAAUUUUUAUGGUGUGGCAGGGAGCCCCUCUGCCAAUAAGAUAUGCAAUGACCUAAGGACAACCAGGGCGAGACUGCUGGAGAUGUUCACUGAUGUCACCUGCAACCCAGAGAUCAUGAAAAAUGCCACAGAUGCAUAUUUCUCCCUCUUACAAGGCUUCAUCUCAUCCUUGGAUGGAACUACACAGGAGAACAAGAUGAGGUUCAUUCAGAACUUCAAGUGGACUGACACCUUACAAGGAAACACACCAAGUGCCCAGCAGGAUGCAGUGUUUGAAAUGGUCUCCAUGGCCUUCAAUGUAGCCGUCUGGUACACCAAGUUUGCCUCACGACUAGCAGGCAAAGAAAACAUAACAGAGCCUGAGGCAAAAGAGGUUCACCGGAGCCUGAAGGUUUCUGCUGGAAUGUUCAAAAACCUCAAGGAUGUUCACAUCCCUCGCCUCAUCACCCCGGCUGAAAAGGGCAGAGACCUGGAGCCCCGAGUGAUGGAUGCAUACAUCAUCCAGUGCCAAGCAGAAGCACAAGAAGUGACAAUUGCCAGGGCGAUUGAACUGAAGCACAACGCCACUCUCAUCGCAGCGCUGGCAUUUGAAACAGCAAACUUCUAUCAAAAAGCUGACCACACACUGAACACAUUGGAGCCAGAGUGCAGCAGCAAGUGGAGGAAGUAUUUUCAGCUGAAGUGGCACUUUUACAUGGCUUAUGCAUACUGUUAUCAUGGGCAGACACUGCUGGCAAGUGACAAGUGUGGUGAGGCCAUAAGAUCUCUCCAGGAAGCAGAAAAGUGUUACUCCCGUGCUGAGGCGCUGUGUAAAGAGUAUCGUCAGACCAAAGGCCCGGGCACCACAGCUAAACCAUCAGAGCAACUGUUCUUCCUCAAACUGGGCGGCCUCAUUAAAAUCACACUGGAGAAGUGCCAGAGAGAAAAUGGAUUUAUAUACUUCCAUAAGGUCCCAGCUGAGGCCCCCCUGCUGGAGCUGAAGGCGAGUUACGGCCUGGCUGAGCCGGUCACAUUUGAGCUGCCGCCUCUCAGCGAGCUGUGCACUCCUGAGGUUUACGCCACCUUCGAUCUGACUAAAGGAGCCAAAAAUGGAAAGGCAAAACCCAAGGAGGAGGAGGUGAAACCAGUGAAGGAGCCAGAUUUGAAGCCUCAGACGGACACAGGCUGUGUCAUCUCCUAAACCCCCCAAACACUUCAUGUACAGCAUCAUGCUUCACCUCCAUCGACCGUACUGAUGGCAUCUAUAUUUCCUUCCAAGUAUACAUCCAUAGGAAAUGUUUUUUUUAAUUAAUCCAUGACGUUUUACAUAUAUGCUAAAACAUGUGUAUUGUAUUUGGGUAUGACUGCCGUUGUUGUUGCAUUUAAACCAGAGGGAGUUAAACAUCAUAGCUCACAUGUUUGGAGUUUAAUUAGGGCCCGAGCACCGACAAUGCUUUCGCUUGAUUGUUCAGGAAAAUUAGUCGUAUUUUUGACGGCUUAAACAUACUCAAAAACUCUCGAAACUUUGAUGGCGUAUAAGGCAUGAUGAAAAUGUAUGUAUUCUGGAGUAAUCUAAAUGGGCUUGCCCAAAUGGCUCAACGGUGCCCCCUCAAACACAACAGGAGGUCGGCCAUCUUUGAUUUUGUGGUCAUUUGGGCUGUUUUACAUGCGUAUUUUUAACAAACUCCUAGAGCUUUCAUCAGAUCCUUCUCAAACCAAACCUCAAACCUCUUUCACACAAUCGCAGUCCCGCUCUUAACAGAUCCAUAUUUCAAUAUUGACUCAUCGUCAGUGCGCCUACUGCUAGGGACAGGAAGUGACAAGUUUUAUACUUUGACGCUUUGAGUAUGUUCAUGCCGUCAAAUCAGCCGUCAGCCUUGCUUUGACCUCAUUGGAUCUCACCUGAGGUUUUCUCCAGUCAGUCUGUAACCUCAGCAGAGUCUUCUUUGUUUCGCAGAGCUGGAUAUUGAGGUCAGCACUGAAACUCUUCUCCUGUACCAGCAAUUCAAAGAGCUCCAGAUAUUGAUAUGCCACCUUUUUCUUCUUUUUUUACUUUCGCCCCCUUCCCCACUGGGCUCCCGAUAGUCAUCGUACAUGAUGAACAUUUCUUUCAUCCUCUGCAGUUCUUCUCUGCUCUUCUCAUCAUUCUCCUUUUCCCUCAGUUCUGCAAGGUUCAGGGGGAAAUUGAUCAGCUGUAGGUCACUCAUCUUCUGUGCCAUUAUGGUCUUCUCCUCAUUUAACGUCACUGCUGAGUUUAGUUGUUCAGAUGAUUACACAGAAUAUCUUAACCCUUUGAUACACAAGCUAUGCAAACCCCUUCUAAUGCACAACAUGGGUCAAAGAUGACCCGUAUUCAUUUCCUGUGUUAAUUCAUGCAUGGCUGGGUGUUUCUUUGCUAUAUUCAUUCAUAAGUUCUAUAUAGAAGAAAGCUUCUUCAUUUAGGAGAAGUCAUCAAAGCAGCCUACUUCAUUUAGGAGAGCUGGAGUCCAAGACGCACCCACAAUUCCAACUCCAUCUUUAUGACCAUUAUACCGUGAGUCUAAAAUGAUAGCGACUAGCCAACAAUCUGGAUAAAGAGAAUCAAAAGCAUAUUUUCAGAUGCAUAUGAAUCAGUCUAUUAAGUAUAUACUGUUAUAUUUCGUGCUUUAUUUUGUGGAUCUAGCUAUGGUUUGGCAGUGAGAAAAGAAGCUAGCUACCUAACUGCUAGUUAGUAUUAUACAUAUUUCUCUUUCUCACUAUUAAUGAUUAGUGAGAAAGAAAAUAAGACUUACACGCAUCAGUUCGGCAAAAGCAGCUGCCUGAAAUUAAUAGUAGGUGUUCCGUAAUGAAAACAUACUGUAUGGGUCAUUUUUGACCGAUGUGUUAUAGUGAUGUACAAAUACAAAAUGUACUUUUGUUCAUAAAGUAAGAAAAAGGAUAAAUGAAAAAUAAUGAUUUGUAAUCAAAAACAAGAUAUUUAAUGAAUAUUUAGAAUAUUUAUAGAUAAAAUACUUUCAUUUUAAACAUAUAGCAAAGAAACACUCAUGCAUGAAAUGACCCAAGAAGUGAAUACGGGUCCUUUUUGACCCAUGUUGUACAUUAGAAGGGUAUUUAUACAAUCAAUAUUUUUAUUGAAAAAGUAACAAAGGAAAUAUUUAAAUUAGGAUUCAAAUAAAUAUUUGUGGAUAUCUUUAUCAUCACAAAUCUUUAAUACAUUUUUCUCCAAUCCAAGUUAAUUGUGGAAUACCUGAAAGACAGAAUGAUGAAAUUCAUUCACUGCUUGGAUAUAGAUCAAAACAGAGCUGGGUCACUUUGUUGUAUAUCAAAGGGUUAAGCUGAAAGAAUAACACUUGUUUGUGACUUACAAUAGUAACUCCACCCAGGCUUUAUAAAAAUCGAACACUUCAAAGGAUUCAUCAGGGCAAAUAAUUCUUUGUCAUAUUGCUUUAAUGUUACAGUGUCAGUUGUCAUAGAUUCCUAAGAUGUCUUAGACUGUUGUUAAAGGAAACAUUGUAUCAAUCUGAAGAGAAACUUGUGUUUUUGCCCUGAACGGAUUUAUUAGUCUGACAGUGAUAUCACCACUUAUUUACCAAAAGGGAGGUAAGCCUCAUUUUACAUUAAUUCGAUUUAAAUAACAUUCUCAACAAAUGGACAGGUCUUCUAGGCCUUGGUUAGGAUAACUUUUGAAAGAUUUCUUUAAAUUAGGAUAUUUAUACUGAUAAAAAAGCCUUAUGGGCAAUGCAGUUAUAUGAAUGGUGCCUUUGCCUGCAUUAACCUGUUCACUGUUUCCUCUUAUAAGUGUCUGGGUGUUAAACUCUUAACCGCUUUAUUGCUCUGGCCUGUUGAUAGACAAUUUAAAAAAGGCACAUCGGUCUAUUAAACUUAAUAAAUGGUUACAUAUUGAGUAUAGAUCCAAAGCUUUUAAAAUGAAAUAUUUAACACUACAUAGACUAUGAUGAAAGAAUCUGCAAGAGUAAAUGUAGGAUUUGCAUUCACACAACCACCCUGUAAACGAAAGUACUUUUCAGAUGGCUAGAAUACUCUAUUCAGAACCUACACAGAGACAAAAUUAACAACUGCAUAUGCUAUUGCUUUGUUAAGCUGUAGCAGUUUACAAUCACAACUUUUAAUAUAGAUCACAUGACGUCUGUACUGUAGUUAUUCUUUGUACAUUAGAUUACAAAGGCAAUUUUUUACUUUGACUGUGGAUUUAAAGAAGCUUCAUUACCAGAUAUAUUUGAAUCAUUAGUAAUGGUGUCCUGUCAGGGAAAUUAUCCCCUUUAGGUAUUUAAUUUAUUUCUAUUGUUAUGUAAUGAUAGUUUAGUUGACAACAUAACACACUUAGCGACAGUAUACAGUUGUGUGUAAUUUGAAUCAUGUUUUUUGUGAUUGAUUUUGGUUGAAUGAUAUUCAUUGUUUCAGUGGAUACAUCAGAAUAGUCACUGACGUAGACAACGCUAACUCCUGUAUACCUGAACAGAGUCUGUGCAUCCAAUGUUAUUACUGUAUUUCAUUUUAGGGCAAAGGUCAAACCAUUGUAAGGGCUUGGCGCCACAUAUGCGAAUCCGAAUAGAGUAUUGCGGGUCAGAGUUCCCCAGAGUUGAGUUUCACACAGUCACUCUGGGAUUUGCCCCACAGGAAGUGAAUGCAUUCGCCUCCUCACUUGCACAGAUUGAGGCGAAGGUUUGCCACCUAUAGAUUCACAUAUGUGUGACCGGGCCCUACUGGUAAACACACCGGAGCUUGAGGAUCAACUGGACAUUAGUGUCUAAGAUUAUUUUCUGUGCUAGUUCAGGGGCAGUACAGGAGCUGCUUCUGAUGUCAAAAACUCUUCCAAUUAAUACGGUCACAUCUGAUGAUACAAGAUUAUCAACUGCUAAAAACUUGUAUAAAUUAUAAAAUACCGCCCAAACAUACUCCUCCAUGUCCCUACUUGUAUAUUAACUUACAUGAGCUAGACUGCUGCUGAAAAAGCAGACGAGAUUCUCACUAAAUUUCCUCAUUGCACAUUGUCAUAAGCUGUGCAGGGAUGUCUAUCGUUUGAGACGCGUUUCCCCUUGUGGUCUGGUUUGGUUUGAAUAUAAAUGUUGGUUUGAUAAACUUGGAUCAGUGGGUUUAACUGGGAAGCAUACAUCUGAGCAGAGCUGUUUAUUAACAAAGAGUGUGUGGAAUCAUCAUUGCAGUGUAAUACUCCUGUAGCCCUCUAAUGGUGUCUUUCACGUAAAAUAUAUUCCAGAUGGUGUCAAUUCAUUCAUUGAACCACAUUCGUCUGUGUCUGCUGUUUGUAUACGACAACACUUUAUUGAGUUGUCAGUUCAAGAUACACUUGAGCAUUAUCCUGUCUGUUGUUGUGCAGAAUGAGCUUGUAAAUGAGAAUGAACAAUGGUCAGAAUUAUCAGGGACAAGAACAGCUGAGAUUGUAGAAACACACUUGAGAAGCUUAGUCACUCCUGAAAUAAACAGCCCCAGUGAUGACAUCAUCAAAUGAGGAUCUUGCACAUGUGUAUCAAGGAGCUUAUGUUGUUCGAUAACAUCCAGAACCAUCUCUACAUCUUGGGGCCCUCAGCAAAAUACAGGAUAAGUUUAAGGCACUGUCUAAAUCUUUGUAAUUAAAUCAAACAUAAGAUCAAUUUCUUUAAACAAUAAACAUAAAAUACAUUUUUGUCCUGUA